AUGCCGAGCCCGCUCUGGAGCCUGCCCGUGCUGCUGGGGCUGCUGCUGGGCCACCCCGCCGCCACCCACGGGCCCUGCUGGGAGAGCCCCAAAUGCCAGGACCUCGCCACCGAGGCCGGCGUUUUGGUGUGCGCCAAGGCGUGCCGCGCCGACCUCUCGGCCGAGGCGCCCGUGUACCCGGGCAACGGGCACCUGCAGCCGCUCUUCGAGAGCGUCCGCAAGUACGUCAUGAGCCACUUCCGCUGGAACAAGUUCGGCCGCAGGAACAGCAGCAGCGGCGGCGGCGGGCGCAAGCGGGAAGAGCUGCCGGGCAGCCCGCUCCCGCCGGCGGCCCCCGGCGCCCCGCCGGCCCGGCGCGGCGGCAGCGAGGAAGAGGAAGGCGCCGGGCCAGAGCGGGAGGAGAGCAAACGCUCCUACUCCAUGGAGCACUUCCGCUGGGGGAAGCCGGUGGGCCGCAAGAGGAGACCCGUCAAGGUCUACCCCAACGGCGCGGAGGACGAGUCCGCCGAGAGCUUCCCGCUGGAGUUCCGGCGGGAGCUGCCGGCCGGCGGGACGCUCCCCGCGGAGCAGCAGCAGCAGCAGCAGCAGGAGGAGGAGGAGGAGGAGGAGGAAGGCGGCUCCCGCGGGACGCGCCGCUUCCGCUGGCAGGAGCCCCCCAAGGACAAGCGCUACGGGGGCUUCAUGACCUCCGAGCGCAGCCAGACGCCUCUAGUGACUCUUUUCAGAAACGCCAUCGUCAAAACCGCCUACAAAAAGGGCCAGUAAAGGGGCCGGGCCGGGCCGGAGGGCGGCUCGCGCCCGCCGCGGCCCCGCGUAGCUGUAGCAUCCCGCUGGCAUCGCCCGUCCCGCAGCCGCAGCCGU